AUGACGCCCCUCAUGGCCCUGCUCUGUCUGGGGCUGAGUGUGGGCACCAGGACACCAGUGCAGGCAGGAGCCCUCCCCAGACCCACCCUCUGGGCUGAGCCAGGGUCUUUGGUUCCCUGGGGGAGACUCGUGACCCUGUGGUGUCGAGGGACCUUAGGGGCCAAGAAGUUUCAUCUGUAUAAAACGGGAAGUUCAUUCCCCUGGGAAGUGCAGUUACCACUGGAGCCAGGGGACAAGGCUAAGUUCUCUGUCUCUUACAUGACAGAAUCAGAUGCAGGGACUUACCAUUGUUCCUAUCUCAAUCUCACUGGCUGGCCAGUGUACAGUAAACCCCUGGAGCUGGUGGUCACAGGCCUGGACAGCAAACCAUCCCUCUCAGCCUUUCCAAGCCCUGUUGUGGCCUCCGGGGAGACUGUGACCCUCCAGUGUGGCUCACAACGGGGAUAUGACACAUUCGUCCUGACUCAGGAGGGAGACCCUGAGAGCCCCUGGAAACUUGGCUCAAAAAAUCUCCCCAGUGGGCAACACCAGGCCCUGUUCUAUAUUGGCCCUGUGCCCUCCCGCCACAGGUGGUCCAUCCGGUGUUACGGCCUUUUCUCAAACACAACAAUGUUGUGGUCUCACCCCAGCGACCCGCUGCAGCUCCUCGUCUCGGGUACCUCUAGAAGACCCUCCUUGCUGAGCCUGCAGGGCCUGAUUGUGACCCCAGGACAGACCCCAACCCUGCAGUGUCACUCUAAGGACGCCUAUAGCACUUUUGCUCUCUACAAGGAGGAGAGCCAGGACAUUCGCCAGCACCCUGGCUACCAUGUCCAGGCUGGACUCUCUCAGGCCAACUUCACCCUGGGCCCUGUGAGUGCCUCCAAUGGGAGCCAAUAUCGCUGCAUUGGGAGACACAAUUUCACCUCCCUAUGGUCGGAGCCCAGUGACCCCGUGAAUAUCCUAGUGACAGGACAGCUCCCCUACACUCCAGCCCUCUCAGUAGAGCCAGGUCCCUCAGUGUCCCCAGGAAACAAUGUGACUCUGAUGUGUCAGUCCAAGACUCCAGACACUUUCCUGCUGGCCAAAGAGGAGACAGUCGAUCCCCCACUGAGCAUCAAAAUGAAUAAGACAGAGGAGAUAACACAGGCCCAGUUCUCCUUCCACCCUGUGACCUCAGCCCAUGGUGGCACUUAUAGGUGCUACAGCUCUAACAGCUUCAGCCCCUACUGGCUGUCACACCCCAGUGUCCCCCUGCAGUUCCAGGUUUCAGCCACCCGAGACUACACCAUGGGGAAUCUCAUCAGGCUGGGCAUAGCUGGCUUCAUCCUGCUGGUCCUCGGGAUUUUGCUACUGGAGGCUUGGCACAAUCAAAGGAGAAGCUGA